UGUAGAGCUCUGGAGGGCGCCCCACAACAUAUGCACUUUGAAACGUAAACACAGCCUUCAUUGGCCUUUGACACAUAUGCACAGCCAACUUGUACUUGUAGUUGUAGACGAGAUUGUCCAAUAGAUUACCAUGGCAUUGCAGCAGCAACUUCAGCCGCAGCAGCAACCGCAGCAGCAGCAGCAAGAUUUCAUCGCUGGUGUUAGACUGGAAGAACAGAUGAACACAGUGCUGUGGCAUGGCCAGUUGGAAUGGCUUGAUGUUGUACAAGGUCCAAGGAUUUUUGCGUCAGAAACUGAUCAGAUCACUCGUACUCACACCUGUCACAUGAGCGUGGGUCCUAACAGCACUCUGAAUGCGGAACGGUGGCCAACCAAACUUACCAUGCAGCUAGUUCCAACAUGGCUUCUGAAUCUAUUUGGUGCACUGAGGUCCUCAUUACAGAAUGGAUCUGAACAAGUGAGAUUCCAGUUUCCGGACCAGAGCAAUGACCCGAAUGAGAUGAGAGCCCUUCGAAGAGUUCUGCAAGGCGAAUAUGUCUUCAGUGUUCAUUUCCCUAGUGAUGGUUCACGCAACAUUCGUAUUUUGAUGCUGGUAUAUUCCCAACGGCGGUCGGCAUUCGUUGGCUUGAUACCCAAUGACCAGACAGAAUUCAUGGACCGGUUCCAAGACAUCAUGAGCAGAGUGAAGUCCGACAGAACACUUGGCCAUUCGCCUGAAGGGAUGAGUGAGCAGUUGCAACAGCUGCAGCAGCAGCAAGCGCUGCAACAGCGGCUGCAGCAGCAGCAAAUGCUACGGCUGCGACAGCAACAGCAGCAGCCACAGCAGCUGCCCUUGCUGCCACAACAGCGAUUCCAACAGCUGCUGCCACAACAGCAAUUCCUGCAGCUGCAGCGAGUGCGGCUGCAGCAGCAGCGGCAACAACAACAGCAGCAGCAGCAGCAACAACAGCAGCAGCAGCAACAGCAGCAACAACAACAGCAGCAGCAGCAGCAGCAGCAACAGCAGCAACAACAGCAGCAGCAGCAGCAACAACAGCAGCAACAGCAACAACAGCAGCAGCAGCACCAAAUGAGUAAGGUGUUAUGGCAAGGGCAACUAGAAUGGCACGAGCGCCCCAAGAUGGCCGCCAGUGAAGCUAAGGUCACUUGUACUCACACGUGUCAUGUGACCGUCGGACCAAUCAGCACCCUGACCGUGAAGCAGUGGCCACAGAAACUUAUCAUGGAGUUUAUACCACAGCAACUAUGGCAAGGAUUGAGUACGUUACUGUGUAGCUCUCAACAAGUUGGCUUCCAGUUUCCUGAGCAAGGCAACGAUCCCGACAGC